GAGUUACAAAGGCAGUUACAAGGACUAUCUUAUUUGUGAUUAGUUAAAAAUUAAACCUGUCUCUACUGUGUACAUCUAUGAGAAGCCUCUGUUAAACAUACCACAUGCCAAGAUGAGCAGCUUCGGAGACGUCCUGAAGGAGUCAGGUGUUUGCGGGGCUGAGCUUCUCUCACUACUGCAACACUGACUGGAUCUUGGAGAGAGGUCCAAACUUGACAAAAGAGAGACAAAGGAACCUCACCAUCCCGGUGGACAAGGAUGGGAGAUUUGAAAAGUGUAGCAUGUUCACCCCUGUGGAUCUGGAUUUGGAAGCUAUUGAAGCAUAUGGCCUUAACAGGACAACAGAAUGCAUCAAUGGCUGGGACUACGAGGUUCAACAAGGAGUCUCGAGCCUUGUCACAGAGUUUGAUCUAGUUUGUGGCAAAAGUGGGUUAAUCGAGGCAUCGCAGUCAAUCUACAUGGCAGGUAUCCUCAUUGGAUGUUUACUGGUUGGGGCUAUUUCUGACAGGUUUGGUAGAAGAUUUGUAAUCCUGCUUUCUCUUCUCCUUCUACUGUUGUUUGCUGUGAUUACGGCUUUCUCACCAAACAUCUACGUUUACAUAAUCUUUAAAUUUUUAUGUGGGUCUUCUGCUGGUGUCAUUAUUAUGAACACAUGUGUCAUGGCGGUGGAGUGGACUGACGUUUCAAAGUCUGCUCUUUGCACAACGUCCAUCAUCAGUUUCUUUUCAAUUGGACAGAUGCUUCUGUCUGGUAUUGCAUAUUUGACGAGAAACUGGAGGAUCUUGCAACUUGUGCUCUUCAGCCCUCUUGUCAUAAUCCUGUUGACCUUCUACUGGCUUCUCCCAGAAUCAUCUCGAUGGUUGAUGACGCAAAACAGGAAGGAGGAGGCUGAGAAGGCACUCCACCGGGCAGCCAAAGUAAACAAACGAAGAGUACCAGGACAUUUGCUAGAAAAGGUUUUCAUCCACACGUAA